GUGCUGCACCUGGACCUCUGCAACUACACCGAGCUGGUUGCCAGCAUGGACUCUGACGAGGUGGCGAAGCUGAUCCACUCGCUCUUCUCCGCCUUCGACAGCCUCGUCACAGAGGAGGAAGGAGUCUUCAAGAUGGAUACCAUCGGGGACGCCUACGUGUGUGCCGGGUGGGUCGGGAAGAGCGAGAGGAUGGCGUGCGAGAGGAUGCUACAUCUUGCUUGCCAGAUCCUCAAGUGCGUCUCCUCCUCCGACUUCAAGACCAGCAGCGGGAGCCUCCAGUGCCGCAUCGGUCUCGCCAUGGGCGACUGCGUCGCUGGGGUCAUGGGCAGGCUGCAGCCCAGGUACCACGUGAUGGGGGAGGCGAUGGUGAGAGCCCAGCUUGCCGAGGGCUCGGCUGUCCACCAGAGCAUCCACCUC